UACAUUUUCUUUCACCUACCCCCCGUCAAACCACAGGAAGGAGGGGCCAGACCCUAAGCUGCCAAUCAAAUCCACUCGUGGCAGCCGGCAUUAUCUCAGCAACAAACUAUUGACAGAUUACAUGUCAAGGAGUUUAGUGCAUGAUUGAAGGAAGCCUUUUUUUUUUAAUCUAGUUACUUUUCCGCUUUAUUUCCCCCUCCACCAACCAACAUUCGAAUGACUUUCUAACAGAGUUGAGUAAUAUUAUGAAAGUUACAUGUCUGAGAGGAUUUAACUUCGACUUCCCUGAAUAUGCUGAAAGGAGUUUAUGCACUGAAACGACCUCAGGAAAAUCCAAGAUGGCCGCCAAAAGGAAAGGUGGCCUAAAACUCAAUGCUAUCUGUGCCAAGCUGAGCCGCCAGGUGGUGUUCGACAGCAGCUCCCAGAAUGCAGAGGGAGACCAGAGUGUAGCAGAAAACAGUGAGCGUGGCAGUUCACACUACGAUGACAAUGAGACCAACUUCCCCGAGAGCCUGAGCCUAAGUCAGAGCCUAGAGGAGGACCAGAAGAGACGCGAGGCCAUCGAGAAGUGGGUCAACGGCGAGUACGGCGAUGAGCCGCCAGCUCCUGAGGAUGAACAGGAGCAUGAACUCAAAGUCAGCAAUGACGAAGAUGGCCCUCCUGAGGGCGUGUACAUGGUACAGCCCAAAGGCUGCAGCGAUGAGGAAGACAAUGCAGAGGAGGCAGAGCCUGUGGCGGGGUCUCAGGAUGGCAGUUAUCAUGACGACAAAGAAGCUGAAGAAAGGCCUUCAAAAGACGACACCUAUGUGCCGCCAAGCGAGGCCCAGAGUCGCCAAGCACCUUUCUCCUCUCCAGGAGAAGCAUCUGCCCUGCGAGACUAUGCAGCCAACACCAUGAAUGAGUUUUUGGGAAUGUUCGGUUAUGAUGACCAGCAGGUAAGGGAUGAGCUGACCAAGAAGAUCAGCUUUGAGAAGCUCAAAGCCGCUACCUCAGACCCCUCAUCCCUCAGCAGUGAGGAGGCCUCACGGCGUGCCCGCUUCUCCAAAUAUGAAGAGUACAUUCGCAAGCUAAAAGCCGGCGAGACCCUACCUUGGCCCAUGCACGCUUCCCCUCCCAAACCAGAUGACCUCAACUCAAAACUGGCCCAAGACAAGAGUGCUACCAUGCUCCAGACCUCCGGGUGCCUCCCAGGGGCCGAGGCACAGAUCUACCCCUCCAGCCUGGACCACAAACAGCCAGGAGGACCUCAGCUGGGCACAUCUCAGCCACCCAAUCCCUCUCACAUGCAGAACAUGGCGUCCCGAGCCUCCAAGUAUGACCUUGAGAACGUCAAGUUUCUGCACCUCUUCAAGCCUGGUGAGGGCAACCCUGACAUGGGCGGUGCCAUCGCGUUUAAGACUGGCAAAGUGGGCCGCCCUUCGAAGUAUGACAUCAGAACAAUUCAGAAGCUGAUGCCAGGAAAUACCGAGGCCUCACUGAUGCCCAAUGUCCUCGCUACAGCCCCAGGAAACCCAGGAGCUCCUGGCGUCCCCACUGUAGGUGCAGCUGGAGCCAGCAUAACUCCCGGGCUCACAAUGGACCAGACAGGACACAUAAGCUUCAACGCCUCCGACUACCUAAAGUCCAGCUUUUCCAAGACUGACUCCAUCACCACAGGCACUGUGUCCUCCGUCAAGAAUGGCCUGCCACCAGAUAAACCCGCCGGCGACGACAUCAACCUCUACCAGAAAUAUAUUGCCAGGUUCUCUGGAAGUCAACACUGUGGGCACGUGCACUGUGCCUACCAGUACAGAGAGCAUUACCAUUGCAUGGACCCUGAGUGUAACUACCAGGUGAGCAGGUUUACCAGUAAGCAGGAUGUAAUCAGGCACUACAACAUGCACAAGAAGAGGGACAACUCCCUGCAGCAUGGAUUCAUGCGCUUCAGCCCUCUGGACGACUGCAGUGUCUACUACCAUGGCUGCCACCUCAAUGGAAAAAGCACCCAUUACCACUGCAUGCAGGUGGGCUGCAGCAAGGUGUACACCAGCACCUCAGAUGUCAUGACCCAUGAAAACUUCCACAAAAAGAAUGCCCAGCUGAUCAACGAUGGCUUCCAGAGAUUUCGUGCCACUGAGGAUUGUGGCACAGUAGGGUGUCAAUUCUACGGUCAGAAGACUACACACUUCCACUGCAGGCGCCCGGGCUGCACAUUCACCUUCAAGAACAAGUGUGACAUUGAGAAGCACAAGAGCUAUCACAUCAAGGAUGAUGCCUAUGCCAAAGAUGGCUUCAAGAAGUUCUACAAGUAUGAAGAGUGCAAGUACGAAGGCUGCGUGUACAGCAAAGCCACCAACCACUUUCACUGCAUCCGUUCAGGCUGCGGCUUCACCUUUACCUCCACCAGCCAGAUGACCUCCCACAAGCGCAAACAUGAGCGCCGGCACAUCCGCUCCUCGGGUGUCAUGGGCCUCUCUUCCACCUUCCUGCCGCCAAAGGACGAGCCAGAGGAAUCGAGCAACGAUGAUCUGAUGGAUUUCUCGGCCAUCAGCAGCAAGAACUCAAGCCUGAGUGCCUCGCCUACGACCCAGCAGUCCACCACUGUACCGCACCUGCUGGCCACUCCCACAACUGCUGUCUCCUCCUCCUCGACAACGGGCCACACCCUCAAGGCUACACCCUCACUGUCCAGUGCGGGCCAGCGUAUGUCCAGCUUGCUGUCCCAGGCCCUGCCCAGCAACAUGCCAGUGGCCCUCGCUCUUUCCAACAGCGCCCUGGCCGCCAACCCGUUCUUCCCCCUCAUGCCCAGGCUGCCUCUCCAACCACCUCCGCCAGCCGCUACUCUGAUAUCAGCUGCAUCUUCUGGGGCCCACUCCAUGCCCACCGACUCACUGACCCAAGGUUGCUCCACAGGGGGGGCAGACGGAACCAUGGCGUCUACCCCAACCUCCUUUGCCACCUCCUCCAUCAUGGAGAAGAUCUCAGCAAGCAAAGGUCUGAUUUCACCCAUGAUGGCCAGACUGGCAGCUGCUGCCCUGAAGCCCUCCAACAACCCAGAUACAGGGAAUGGGCAGCCGGCUUCAGCCAGCCAGUUCAAUCUGGUACAAGUGAAGCAGGAGCCGGUGGACGGCAACUCUGGGGCCUCCCAAGACUCCACGCAGGAGCACAGCCUGGACCUGAGCAAGAAGGACCACAGUAAUGAAUCAAACGGACACCCUGUACCAGGGAAUACAUCUCUUUUAUCCUCGCUUAUGAAUAAGAUGUCACAGGUGAACCCUGCCCUCUUCAACGCCAUGAACCUGAAGACGGAGCUCGAGGCAGGGCAGGGCAGCGACAACUCAGAGGCAGCACAGUAUCUGAACAGAGUGCUGAAGAGGCCGCUGCUAGAAAAACCUAAUGAGAUCUGGAGGACAUACCUUCGCAGGUUUGACACAGAUGACUUCUGUGAGGCUCAGUGUGACUUCCUUCAGAAAGUGCACUUUCACUGCCUGGUGGAAGACUGUGGUGCACUCUUCAGCACCGUGGAUGGGGCCAUAAAACAUGCUAACUUCCACCUCCGAGCCACAUUGAAAGUGAAGUCGGAGCCUCAGUUCGGUGAGGCCAAGGACUCCGGUGAGGGAGCCCCUCUGCAGCCUGCUGCCCCGGUCUCUAUGGCCAACAAUCCCUCCAUGGAUGUGGCACACCUCACCCCCUCUGGUGGCUACAGCUCUCCUCCUCCCUCCCUGCUUGCCUGGAAGCAGCUGACCGGCAGCAUCCCUCAAAUGCCGGCCUCGAUGCCCAACCUGCCAGCCAACUCCCCUCUUGCCACCACCUCUCUGGAGAAUGCUAAGCCACAAGUCAAACCAGGUUUCCUGCAGUUCCAGGAAAAUGAUCCCUGUUUGGCUACUGACUGUAAGUACUCAAACAAGUUCCACUUCCACUGUUUGUUUGGGAAUUGCAAGUAUGUGUGCAAGACCUCUGGCAAGGCCGAGUCCCACUGUUUGGACCACAUCAACCCCAACAACAACCUGGUCAACGUCCGCGAUCAGUUCUCUUACUACUCUCUCCAGUGUCUCUGUCCCAACCAGCACUGUGAGUUCAGAAUGAGGGGCCACUAUCACUGUCUGCGGCCUGGCUGCUUCUUUGUCACUAACAUCACCACCAAGCUGCCAUGGCACAUCAAGAAGCACGAGAAGGCAGAGCGCCGUGCCGCCAACGGUUUCAAAUAUUUCACCAAGAGGGAGGAGUGUGGGAGGCUGGGUUGUAAGUAUAACCAAGUCAACAGCCAUUUCCACUGCAUCCGCGAAGGUUGCCAGUUCUCUUUCCUGCUCAAGCACCAGAUGACCUCACACGCACGCAAACACAUGAGGCGGAUGCUGGGGAAGAACUUUGACAGAGUCCCAUCCCAGGUGAUGCCACUCGGUCAGAGGGCAGAUGGGAUGCAGCAUGCAUCCGGCAUGGUGUCCGGGUCCAUGGCGACCCAGCCUGGUAUCAACUCCGGCUUCUCCGCCAUCUUGGAUGAGACUGAUGAUUACAUGGACUACAUGGGAGGAGGAGGCAGCCCCUUGGGCCUCUCCUCCGAGUCCUCCAACCAGGACCGGAGCUGCACCAGCACACCAGUAGGCAACGAUGGCUCUCCAGCAGGACAAGGCUGCCCCGCCACCACUUCUGCUCCUACCACCCCUGCUGACACUAGCGCUACCCAAAAUGCACCUCCUUCUUCCCCUCCUCUGUCACUGCCACCACCUCCUCCUCCUCCCUCCGCUCCUCAGCCUGGUCUCCAGUCCCAGGCCCCAUCCCUCUCUCCUGCUCUCCUCCGACCUCCUCUCCCCUCACUCCCAUACCUCCUCUCUCCAUCCUGUCUGUCAUACUCUCUGCUCAGCGCCUCUCUGGGAGCCACUCGGAGUGUUGUCAUGCCAACCAACACACCAGCUUUCAGCCCCAUCAUUGCCACUCCGUCUCCGGUUAAAAAUGACGUCCCUAUAGUGCAGGAUGCUGCAGGUAACACCAUCUCCAUUCCCACGGCCACUGGUGCAAAAAAGCGCUUCUGGAUCAUUGAGGACAUGUCACCAUUCGGCAAGCGCCGCAAAACCGCAUCGUCACGAAAGAUGCUGGAUGAGGGGAUGAUGCUGGAGGGCUUCCGGCGCUAUGACCUCUAUGAGAACUGCAAGGACUCAAGUUGCCAGUUUUCUCUGAAGGUGACCCACUACCACUGCACACGUGAGAACUGUGGCUACAAGUUCUGUGGGCGCACCCACAUGUACAAGCAUGCGCAGCACCACGACCGCGUGGACAACCUGGUCCUGGACGACUUCAAGCGCUUCAAAUCCUCACUCAGCUGCAACUUCCCUGACUGCCAGUUUUCAGGCAACAGCACCCACUUCCACUGUCUGCGCUGUGGCUUCCGCUGCACCGACAGCACCAAGGUCACGGCCCACCGCAAGCACCACGGCAAGCAAGAUGUGAUCAGUGCCGCUGGCUUCUGCCAGUUCAGCUCCAGCGCUGAUUGUGAGGUUCCCGACUGCAAAUAUAAGCUCAAGUGCUCACACUUUCACUGCACCUUCCCUGAGUGUAAGCAUACGGUGGUGGGCAUGUCCCAGAUGGACUCCCACAAAAGAAAGCAUGAGAAGCAGGAGCGGGGUGAGCUGCCAUCUGUGUCACCCAAACAGGAAGGAGUGCACCACCUGGGAGGAAGUGUGUCGGCGGUCCCUCCAGCCUCCAUGGGCCUUUCUACUUCCUCACCUGGUGGCCUUCAUGGGUUGUCCCACAACAUUAACAGCAGUGCUGCCUCCAUGCUCUACCCAACAGGGGGCAUGGGGUCUGACUAUAACCACCCUUACCCGUCGUCCACCAUUAGCCUGGACAGCUCCCUCAACCUGGGCACCGACACCAGCAGCUCCCUGUUCUUCCUGAAGAACGCAGCCGGUCUGGGUCUCAGUGACUCACUGGACCUCAGCAAGAAGAUUCACCACGAUGCAGCGCGAUCAUGCCACAACCCCACACCCCCAAUAAGUCUGCCGGCAGCUCAGGACGACACCACAGGAACAUCUGGAGAAGCUGAAGACGACCUGUCGCCAGAAGAGGAGGCGCACGCAGAGGAAGAGGAAGAAGAAGAGGAGGAGGAAGAGGAGGAGGCAGAGGAGGAUCUCAACACUGAUUCAAAUGAUGAUUCGAUGGCGGAGCCUGAUGGCGAAAAGGACAAUGAGAGUUUUGAUGCUUCCGUUAACCACACUGAUACUUCCCAACUGGAAAAGCAAGACGCUGACCCAUGAAAAAAACAAACAAAAAAAAAACAGUGACUGUAGGAACUGAAGAAAAACCCUGUGUACUAUGAACAAACAAAAAUGAAAGUGGCCUCAUUUAUCAUGUUUAGAGACUUCAGAUGACAACAAAAAAACAACAACAGCGUGGAGAAAAUGACGGCCCAAAAUGAUUUAUUAUGAUGUUUACAAGAUGACCAACAUUAUUAAUUCAAUUAUGCAUUAAAAAAUAUGAAUGGAGACACACAGAAUUAGGCCCUGUUUUACACACGGGGCAGCAAUGUAAAGCAUUUUACUACACAUCAGUCUUUUUGUGUGCGUGCAUGUUUGACUUUAAUUUAUUUUUUUCACUUUUUUGUGUGUGGAAAAAAAAAUGUUAGAAAAACAAAAACAAAUCUCUCUAUAUAACUAUAUAUGUAAGUGUGUGUGUGAACGAUGAUAUACAAAAGGAAAUUGCUGGCACAGGCGACAUGAGCUGCAGGGCCAUGGAUACAUAGAAAAAGGGAUGUGAAUCACUAAGGGGGAAACAGGAUGUGUUUCAAACAUUUGAUCUUUUUUUCUGUAUUAAUAUUAUAUUAUUAAUUAUUAUUUUUAUUAUUAUUAUUAGACACAGAGAAAAAGGGGGUUACACUUUGCUUGUUCCCACCUCUUUCAGGUGUUUUUCUUUGGUCUCAGUGACAUGUGGAAUUGACCAGUGACUGUUUGGUCAGUCUUAGCUGCAGUCGGGCGUCCAGCAAGUCACCAGUCUCAACAGUUCUCUCUGACAUUCUGCUAGAAAUGUUCUCCUAGCACCAGAACCAAGCUCAGCCCUUGUAAUUUUACGCCCCCUGUGGAGGAAUCAAGUUUGUGUGUGGAUAGUGCACUUUUAUAUUAGCUGACCAUGAUGAUACCGAUGAUGAUAGAUAACUCAUAAGCAUAUUUAAAAAUAUUUUUGUUACCAUUUGCAUCUUUGCAUUACAAUGUCAUUUUGUUGUUUUGUUAGUCAGAAGCAUAUCGAUCUGUAAGCAGGUGAGGUCGUGAUGAACGGCUGGCGAGUCAGGUGGGUGGGUUGCUGGGUGGGGUGGGUUUCAUUCUGACCAGAGGAAACAAUGAGUCACUCGGAUGCAGCGAGGGGGACGACAGAGGAAGUGUCAGGGAGUUUGUUUUAUGUUGAAAAUGUACAGACCGAAAAUGUCUCAACAGCAUUUUGUUUUUCCAUUCACUUUGGCUGUGGUUGAGCUCAUGUUGUAACGGUUUUUAUUUAAUAUUUAUGUGACCUUCCAAUGAGAAAUUUUUAGGGUGUUAUUGCACUUUUUAGGUUCAUUUUUACCGUCUGAAAAAAAAAUGAUAUAUAUCUUUUAACAGGGAAUUUGCUUUAAAGAUGUUGUUUUAGUUCACUUUUGCUUUAAUGCACAAAUAGAUGUUAGUGUGACAAAGAACUGUUGUUCUGUGAUUUAUUUAAAGACUGGGUUUUAUUUUGCUUCUGUGAUUGGACAGUUUAAAAAAAAAGAAAAAGGAAAUGGGUGCGCCAGAAAAACUGUGCCCUAAUAAGAAACACUAAUACGGACUGUGAUUUAAAUUAAUUCUUAAGAAGUUCAUGGCGAUGCUCACUUACUGUAGUACUAAAUUAUAAAUCUGUCAAAGCCACCCUCUGGUUUAUAUUGGGCGAAUAUGUACGACUGAGGAGUGGACACACCGAUCAUGAAUUAUCUCCUGAGCUUGGCAUUGGAAAGAAAUGAUCAUUAUAUAGGGAAUAAUAAUGUGUGUAGAUGAUAUUCCUCCAGAUAUUGUUUUGAGAAGAAAAAAAAAAAGGUUGUACAGUAUUUUCCUCUGUAAAAAAUAACUAUAUAUGAACAAAAUGCUCUUUGAUGAACAGAUUCCUUUAAAAAGAAAACCGUAAAAAGGAGAAAUGAAUAAUAAAAAGUUAAAAAUUCAAAUAGCCUCAUUAUAGUUUGCUUGUGUGCGUGACCUUUUUUAAUCACCCCAGAUUUUUGGAAAAAGUUGUUGAUACUAUAACAUUGGCAGAUUCCGUUAUGACAUUUGCAGUUUUUUUUUUUUUUUCCAAACUAUGUCAGAAGCUCAUACUAAAAUACACUGAUUUGAAUUCAUUCAUUGAUGUUUCUGUUUUAUUCAACGACUCAUUUUAUUCAUUGUCAUUUUUCUGUGUGCGCAUUUUUGUUUUUUUCCUCUUUAAUUGAAAUUCUUGGUUUAUAUUUACUUUGCUUUGGGCAUGCCUCGUUCACAGACUGAACUGUCUCCUGGGACUCAGUUGCAAAGCAGAGGCGUUAAUACAUUUGUUUUGUUUUCUCAUCAUUUGCUGAGAUAACUGUAGGGGCUGAGAGACGUUGUGCACUUCAAUUUAGUGUGUGUGUGUGUGUGUGUGUGUGUGUGUGUGU